CUCUCAGGUUUCAAGCCAACCAACCCGAGUGGUUUAUUGUUAUUAUGUUAGUGUUGUUUGUAAUUGUUGUUAAGUGAGCAGUUACCAAUGCAGUGAGGUCAUUCUAUACGAAUGAAUACCUUGAUUAUGGCUUUGUUUAGCAAUGCCAAAAAUUUAGCUUAUAGGUUAUGAUGCACGGGUACUCCAUUUGAGGGAGAGUACCAGUACCGGGUUUUUCCAUCAUCCAAUCCACAACAAAUCGAAUGAAACCUGGUGAAAAAGAAGUGAACACAUACAUAAUAGAGUGCCAUCCCGCUUCUGCCAGUAACGGAAUGGCUAGGGGUUUGAUAUGGGCAACAGCAGAGGAUUUGCAAAGGAACAGGGGUCGAGUUUUGUCAUUAUAUCGUGAGAUACUGCGAAGCCUGAAUUCUCCUUCGUUGCCACUGACCUUCGCUGCAAGAAUUGCAAAGAAAACGAAGGUGCGUUCAAUGUUUUGGGUGGGUUCUGAUGAACGUUCUUUGCAUAACAUUGCUGACCUAAUUGAUGCUGCUGAAUACUCUCUAUCCUUUCUCAAAAAAGGUCAAUUUCCUCCUCGUCACAUCACAUGAACCACACCUUCCAUUUCACUCAUCACAAUUUGGUAUGAACUUCAUGCUUGCAAUCAUGAUACUAUUUGGUUGUUUAUAUGGAAGAAAUAGGCAUAAGAUAUGAUGAUUUGUAUUUUUACUAUUUUGUAUUGGCCAAUGUUCAAAAUUGACAAAGGAAAAGGAAUACCCAAUUUGGUAUUGAAAUUGUAGUAUUGUUAUUGUAUCAAUCUAAUCCCCACAUCAUCAAUAUUA